GGGCGUCUUGUGCAAGGGUUUUGUAGUAAGCCUAGCAAGCUUAACAAACCACCCUGCCUGAAGCCAGGAUGGUGGUCUCUGCGCUCCACCUGCGGCGUGCCAGCCGACUGCUGACAAGAAACUUCCCAACUUGCUUGUCUUCUUGGAAAAUUCCUCCUCGUGUCCUCAAAUCCUCACAACCAGAAGCUCUACUCGGUAUAACGAAUAAUGCGCUAUCCUUGGCACCUCUGCAGACAUUUACGGAUGAGGAAAUUAUGAUGAAGGAGGCAGUCAAAAAAUUUGCACAGGAACAAAUUGCUCCUUUGGUUUCAACUAUGGAUGAAAAUUCAAAAAUGGAGAAAUCAGUGAUACAAGGAUUAUUUCAACAAGGGCUGAUGGGUAUUGAAGUAGAAGCAAAAUAUGGAGGAACAGAAGCUUCCUUUUUCUGCAGUGUCCAGGUGAUAGAGGAACUAGCUAAAGUGGACGCAUCUGUGGCUCUCCUGUGUGACAUCCAGAACACAAUAGUUAACAACUUGUUUAGAAAACAUGGUACAGAAGAACAGAAGGCCACCUAUUUGCCAAAGCUGGUUACAGAAAAAUUAGGGAGCUUUUGCCUCUCUGAAGCUGGAGCUGGUAGUGACUCUUUCGCUUUGAAAACGAGAGCUGAUAAAAGUGGAAACUACUACCUCAUCAAUGGCUCGAAGAUGUGGAUUAGCAAUGCAGAGCAUGCAGAGCUCUUCCUGGUGUUCGCAAACGUGGACCUCACCUCUGGAUACAGAGGCAUCACCUGCUUCUUAGUAGACCGAGAUACAGAAGGUUUUCAGAUAGGGAAACGAGAAAACAAAAUGGGGAUCAGAGCUUCUUCCACCUGUCAGUUAACAUUUGAAAAUGUCAAGGUUCCAGAAACUAAUAUUUUGGGAAAAAUUGGGCAUGGUUAUAAGUAUGCCAUAGGAAGUCUUAAUGAAGGUAGAAUCGGAAUCGCUGCACAGAUGCUAGGACUGGCCCAAGGAUGUUUUGACUACACUAUUCCAUACAUUAAAGAAAGGAUCCAAUUUGGCAAACGAAUAUUUGAUUUUCAGGGGCUCCAACACCAAGUGGCUCAGGUGGCUACCCAGCUGGAAGCCGCACGAUUGCUGACGUACAACGCUGCCAGGCUCGUAGAAGCCGGAAGGCCAUUUAUAAAGGAAGCAUCUAUGGCCAAAUACUAUGCAUCAGAGGUUGCUGGGCUAACAACAAGUAAGUGCAUCGAGUGGAUGGGAGGGGUCGGCUACACCAAAGAUUACCCUGUGGAGAAAUUCUUCCGAGAUGCAAAGAUCGGUACAAUAUAUGAAGGAGCUUCCAAUAUCCAGCUGAACACCAUUGCAAAGCACAUCGAUGCAGAGUACUGAUGUCUGUGGGAUGAGCCCUCUCUGGCAUCCCUGGCAAACCAUUUCCAACUGCUGUGCCUUACUGAGUAGAGCCUGCAGAGCAGUGCAGUAUUUUAUUUGAAGCCCCUUGUCCUGGUCUCAGACCUGGAUUUUGUUCCUGUCUCUUUCCAAUCUACUCUAAAACUACUUCUAAGCUUCUGAACACAUUUAUAGUUCUCAUCCUACUUUCAGAGUAUACAAAAGUUUCACUAUACCAGCAUUUAGGAAGAAGAAACCAUUUGAAGUAUUGGUAGCUGACAGAAAUAGUCACUUUAUAUUCCUACUAAAUCUCUGUACUGUGUGGUAUGA